AUGGCAAAAUUUCCACGACACCCUUAUCGCACACGAGCUAACCACAGAAGCAUGGAAGAUUGGGAAGAAGCCCAUGAAGCUGUGAAGGCUGACAUUAACGAGCUGAAGGAUCAAGUGGGCCAAAUCCUAGAGGCUUUGAAGUCACUGAAGGCUUCAGGGGAGGCCUCAUCCGCUAGGGUCGAGGAGAAUGCUCAUUCUUAUGGUAUGCCUCUAGGCGCGUCAGUUCCGUUCCCAAUGUACGGUCUGCCUCCGGGAUACACUCCUCCAGUUGGAGAAUAUUCAGAUGCAGAACAAACUUCUUUCUCUUUUCCUGCAGCUAACAACACGCUAUCGAACGGUACUCAAGGGCCGAUGUUAGCUUCGACACCCGUGACAGGAGCGGAGAUGAAUGAGACAGUCACAUUCACAGGACCGAGGAUGACUGUGGCGCCCCAGCCUCCGAAAACAUUCAUCGAUGCAGAUGCUGCGACUAAAGCUGCACCACACGCUACAGUCCAAGCAAUAUCCACUGUUGUUGAUGGGGCUAAAAGUAAGCUUGAAAUUCUUGAGGAAAGGAUUCGUGCCAUUGAGGGUGGUGGAAGCUAUGGGUUCGGUGAUGUGGCGAGAUUAAGCCUGGUUCCUGGUGUGAUGAUACCACACAAGUUUAAGGUCCCAGAAUUUGAAAAGUAUCACGGCACCACAUGCCCUAAAAGCCAUCUGACAAUGUACGGUAGAAAAGAUGGCUGCUUAUGCCUAUGA